AUGCCGCCACAGAGUAGAGCCCAAGGAUCCCUUAGUCAAAGGCGACCAGAAAACAACACCCUGCAAGUUGAAGCAGCAGCCAUGAAUCGACACAGAAACGAUCAAAGACGGGCGAAUCUCGAGAAGAUCGCCCGUUAUAUCAUUCAUCCCCUCAGCCAGUCCCCAUACAAACAUGUGGGCAUGGAUUUCCUCAGUCGAUGCCGCAUCAAAUGCAAAGACAUGGACUUCAAAACCGGCCAAGUGGGCAAGCAGACAGAACAAUUCAUCCAACCUAUCCCCCCAAAAGUCGUUCAGCAGUGGCUUGAUGAGACCAGACCACCGCCCAAGGAGCGUCGAGAUAUCGUCAAUGAAUACUCCCACGAGUUCCCUAACGAUAAUCAGUGGGAGGCUACAAUGAUAUGGAGACGCAUCAACGCCCCCAGCAAUUCCCGCUUUGUCAACCGCCUAGGUGAAGAGAACGCCAACUGGCAACUCAAAGGUGUUCUUCGACAACACCUCCCCAACCAAUCAAACUAUGAUCGCCCUCUUGAUCCCAACAGACCUCACGCUAUUUGCUAUCUUGCAGAUGGAGCAGAACCGGUUGAUGACAUGCUCUUGACCAGCGAACUCACCACCUUGCUACUCAUGGCGACCGACACAGCCCUCAAGGCUACUUGGCAGAAGCACAAGCUGAUCUCGGUGACCCUCAUUACUGGCUCGUACAGGGCUGUUCGGGUGUCCCAGUGCGUCCUGGAUGCAGAGACGGGGAGUAUCGAGAUACGUAAAUCGCCUCAUAUUACUUUUAACAAAGGUUUGUUGGCCGAGUGGGCCAAAUAUUUGACUCUAAUGGGCUGGGUGCUCGGUAAGCCAGCAGGGCAGACAGUGUGA